UCAAUGUGAGACACGGGUCCGACUUCACUCAACUGUCGUGUGGCGCACUUGUCCAACUUUACCCGGUGUCACGGAGCAGAUGUACCCGGAGGAAGUUACCGGCGCGGUUUAACAACUCCCCCCGCGGUGUAAAAGUGUGCAACACGAGGUAACUGAGCCCCCCAAAAGUUCCGGACCUGAAACUUUGUUCAUCUCCAGUUUAGGUAAAAAAUAAAAAUGGCAGACAGCGAGCACGUCUCUUCCACCACUCCUCUUUUCAGUGAGGAGUCGCACCACUACCAACCGGAGACCGACGUGAAGCCCAAACAGGACCUCUUCCGCGUGGAUGAUAUUGUGGACUUGGUCGGAGGGGCUCAAGACGCCUUGGAGCGCCACUUUGCUGAAGAUAGUGCGCCACACGAGUCCACAAAAUUGUCCUUCACCCCUGAACCAGAACAGCCGGUAACGUUAACAGAAGCGGAGCCAGAGGUGUCGGAACCAGAACCGGAGCCUGAGCCUAUCCUCCCAGACUCCACUAGCUUUUCAUUUGUUCCAGAAAAGGAAGUUGUUGUCGCCCCUAAAGUAGAACCGGAGAGCACGAAGACAGCACCGGAGCCAGAGGCCAUCCCCGAACCUGAACCGGAGAGCGACGCCCUCCCCGCGGCUGAACCCCGGAAAGAAACCCCAGCCCCCGCAGAAGCAGCAGCAGCAGAAGAGAAACCUGCAGUGACAGAGGAACCACCGGCUCCGACAUCUUGUCUUCUUCAGGGCUGGAACGUAAACCUAAACUGCAGAGAUGUACCUUCUCCUUCUAAAGCUCAGCCUCAUCCUCUGAUGCAAUUCCCAACAGCUCUUGGGCAGAAGGGUGAUUCCCCUGCUCCCAUCUCUCCUCUCUCUCCUCUUCACUCCCCCGACUCUCUGGAGGAGCUUUCUCUGAAUGAGAGUCCCAACCAGCCCCCUACUUCGGGAUUCGCUGCAUCCUUUGGCUCCUACUCCACUGUACCCCCCACUAAUCAGUCCAAGGACAUGCCUUGGGUUGGUGAAGAGGGUGACUCCGGACCGGGUCGUAGUAAGAUUAAGGAAGAUUCCUUAACUGGUCCUUACCUGAGUUUAGGGAAAGAUCCAGGGCCUCAUAAUCCGUGUGAAGACAGCGGCGUGUCUUUCUCACCCGAGGAGAAGAUGAUUAGCUCAGACAGGUCCUCCACUGGCCCUUCCCCCGUGAGCCCCCAGAUGAAGGUACCCGAGUCUCACCUUGCCUCCUCUAACCCAACAGAGCACUGGGAUUCACCGUUUCUAGCAUCCCAAGACGACUCCAAGGCCUCAAUGGAUACCUUCUCCAAGGACUCGGCUCCCAUUAGCUCUACCAGGUAUGAGGAAGAACUCCAAGACAACCAGUCUGAUGACGAUGAUGAUAUGAUGUAUGAGGUGAAGAAGAAGAACAACAACCCAUUUGAGGGCUAUUCCCCACUGGCGGACAGCGGCUACUCCAAUUUUGGAGAUUCCAAGUCCGACAGCAAGCCUUCAAAAUUGUCCGAUUCCCCUACUCCUGAUCUGGUCCAGUAUGGCGUGAGUGGAGAAUUCCAGGAUACCCCACUAUCUUUCUUAGACAAGGGGGAAAAGUUUGAGACUGGAAAGAUGGCCGCUGAUUCACUCAUGCAGUCAGUGAAUCGGUUCUCAUCUGAUCUGAAAGAUGAAGAUGAAGAGGAAGAAGAGGAUUCUCCUCUACCGACAUCUCUUCCAGACAUCCUGAAGACUUCCCCGCUCAACCCAGAGAAACUGGACUCCGGCUCCUCCGAGGGAAGCCCGGAGCAGAGUCCCAUUCUUGAACGGAGGAUGAUGGAGUCUCCCAACCCUCCAAUCAAUCUGUCGGUCAACAAUCCGUUUGCCUUUGAUGCCAAAGUGUCCCUGUUGAAGGAGAUGACUGAGCAGUUGGAAGUGAAGUCGACCGACAAACCCAAAGUCGAAGACGACCAAAGCUUUGGCGCAUUCGAUCUUGUCAAAGAGAUGGAGGAAACAACCCCAACUAAGGUCAAAGAGGAAGAACCGGUUACGAUUGAGCAGAAAGAUUGGUUUGCAAGCCAAGAUUCUCUCAAAAUGACCGAAAAGUUUGAGCCUCUUGACUUUCAGAGCAAGAAAAACCCAGCUGAGGAUUCAGAUUCAGAGUCGCCAACAGCAGACUCCCUGUCUCCAGUCCUGGAAGCCAUGGCCAAGAACCCCGCUAGCUUCCAGGUGGAAACGGAGAAGAUGGACCAGAAGAUGAUGGAGGUUGAGGAGCCAGAGAUGGCAGAGGAAGUGUCCGAGCAUGAAGUGUCCUCUGAGGAGUUUGAGUUCAUCGAGCGACCACCAAGGGGCGUCAUUGACGAGUUUCUUGAGGCUCUGGACACUUCCAAGUUUGCCUCCUCCAAGCCCCCAGAGAUCCCCAUGGAUGAUGAUCCAAGCUUCGGGCACCGAGACGUGGCUCCAGCUCCCUCUGAGGUCAAAGAGGAGGCUCCAAGCCAGAGCUCCUACCGCCUCCUCACCCAGGACUCCCCCCAGAAGAGCAAGGCCGAGCUGGAGAAGCUUGACAUUCAGCAGCCACCAUCCCAAGCUCCGCUCACCCACUCCCCUGUUCGCAAACCAGAAGAGGCAGUCGCUAAGAAGAGCAUGUUUACGAUGCCAAGCGUGAACAUAAGAGCAGUGGUGGAUCUCCUCUACUGGCGCGAUGUGAAGGCGACAGGCGUGGUGUUCGGCGCCGCGCUGCUGCUCCUCCUCUCGCUGACGUCCUGCAGCAUCGUGAGCGUCUGCUCCUACAUCGGCCUCGCUCUGCUCUCCGUCACCAUCUGCUUCAGGAUAUACAAAGGCAUCCUGCAGGCCAUCCAGAAGUCUGAUGACGGACAUCCAUUCAAGCAGUACCUGGACCAGGAGGUGGCGCUCUCUGAGGAUAUGGUCCACAAGUACAGUGACCUGGUCCUGGCUAAAAUCAACAAAGGCAUCUGUGAAUUAAGGCACCUGUUCCUGGUGGAGGACCUGAUCGACUCCAUCAAGGUGAGAGGGAGAGAUCGUGGAUAGAAUAUGCACAAAAGAGGAUUUAGAAUCAGAAACAG